AUGAUUCUCUCACGGCGAUCGGUCCUCUUCCUUGGCUUCUGCUUCUUCCUCGGCUUCUAUCUCACAGCCCGAAGCCUCUCGCAAUCAUGGCGUAAUGUUUCACAAGUCGUGGGACUGGGCGAAUACUAUGCCGCGUACCCAUUUUCCAAUACCAAUACUAGCUGGACGGGGACGUUCAACCACAGCUCCUAUGACGAGAAAACUCUUUACGCUCCCCAGCCGAACUUUGUUCCUGGUAUUCCCAAACCUUUAGGUUCGGAAUAUACGAAGAUGUUGGUGGUCCCACGGACGAAAAAGGAGGAUGUGAGUUGGAUUGAGAAGGAGUUGCCGGGGUGGCAGACCGCUAUAUACGUCGCCGACGAUUCAAGGGCGCCUCUACACCCUCCGAAGAACAAGGGCCACGAGGUCAUGAUCUACCUUUCCUACUGUAUCGACUUCUACGACGAACUACCCGACGUCGCGGUGUUCAUACACUCGCACCAAGAAGCCUGGCACAAUGAAGAAAUCUUUAACGGAGACACUGCGGAGAUUCUUCGCCGUCUCAGCCUGGACCGGGUCAUCAGAGAAGGAUAUAUGAACACCCGCUGCACUCACGGUCCCGGCUGUCCCGAUUGGAUGCAUCCCGGUGCUGUUAUAGAGGAUGAGUCCAAGCAGGAGGAAGUCAUGUUGGCCCGCGCCUGGGGCGAACUGUUCCCCGACGAGCCGGUCCCGUCGGUUCUGGCCCAGCCGUGCUGUGCGCAGUUCGCCGUAUCUAGGGAUCGCAUUCGAACAAUUCCGCGUUCUCGAUUCAUCUUUUAUCGCGACUGGCUCCUGCAGACGGAUCUCAGCGAUUAUAUCGCCGGUCGUAUCUGGGAAUAUCUCUGGCAGUACGUGUUCACCGGUCAGCCCGUGGUCUGUGUGGAAGAGAGUGUUUGUCUCUGUGACGGCUACGGAUUCUGCUUCGGUGGCCCGGCAGAGCUACAGAACUGGAGAGCGUUGGAUGAGGAGAAGAAAGAUAUGCAGAAAGAGCUCGAAGAUUGGAUCUUUUGGGAAGAAGACAUCUCAUUUGCUGAGGCCAGCGGCGAACUUGAUGAAACUCAGAAUUUAGAAGUCCCUCCGCCUGGUCGCAAGGGCAAACUCCAGGAUGCGGUGAUGGAAAAGGACACCCAACUCUCACAGAUGCUCGUUGAGGCUAUCGAUCGAGGGAAGAAUCCCAAAAACCGAGCCUUGGAAGCUGGCCGCCCUUGGAAUGCCGGUGAUGGCUUUUAG